AUGUGGGAACUCUGGACACUCUUGCUGCUCAUCCUGGCCUCUUACUUCUGGAUCAAGGAGAAGAACUCUGAAAUCAGGUACCCAAAGAGCCUCCCAUCCCUGCCUGUGCUGGGCAGCCUGCCCUUCCUCCCCAGACACGGCCAGCCCCACGUGAACUUCUUCAAGCUGCAGGAGAAGUAUGGGCCCAUCUAUUCCUUACGAAUGGGGAGCAAGAUGACAGUGAUUGUGGGCCACCACCAGCUGGCCAAGGAGGUGCUUCUCAAGAAAGGCAAGGAGUUCUCUGAGAGGCCCAGUAUGGUGACCACUGACAUCUUGUCUGACAACCAAAAGGGUGUUGCCUUCUCCAAUGGUGCCCAGUGGCAGCUGCAUCGAAAGCUGGUGCAGGCUUCCUUUGCUCUGUUCAAGGAUGGCAGCCAGAGACUAGAGAAGAUCAUCAAACAGGAAGCCAGUUUACUGUGUGAUUUCCUGGCCACACAGAAUGGACAGUCCAUAGAUUUGUCUUUGCCUGUCUUCCUGGCGGUGACCAACAUAAUCAGUGUGAUCUGCUUCAGUUGUUCCUACAAGAAUGGGGAUCCUGAGCUCAAGGUCAUACAUGAAUUCAUACAUGGCGUCCUGGAAUCUAUGGAUCAGCACCCCAUGGUGGAUGUAUUCCCUGUGUUGAAGAUUUUCCCCAUCAAAUCCUUGGAAAGGAUGAGGAAUUUUAUUCAAAUGAGAAAGGAAUUUCUGAGUGAAAUUUUUGCAAGGCACAAGGAAAACUUCAGCAGUAACUCCAUCACUGAUAUGAUGGACAUAAUGAUCCAAGCCAGGAUGCACUCAGAGGAGAACAGUGCAGAUCAAAACCAAAAAGCAAAGAUGCUGUCAGAUGAAAACAUUCUCGCCACCAUAGGGGACAUGUUGGGGGCUGGAGUGGAGACCACCGCCUCUGUGCUUCAUUGGACAGUGGCCUUCCUACUGCACAACCCGCAGUUAAUGAAGAGGAUCCAGGAGGAGAUUGACCAGAAUAUAGGCUUCAGCCGAACACCAAAUAUCAAGGACCGGAACCACGUCACCCUGCUGGAAGCCACCAUCAGAGAGGUGCUGCGCAUCAGACCUGUGGCUCCUUUGCUCAUCCCCCACAAGACCACUGUUGACACCAGCAUUGGUGACUAUGCCAUUGACAAGGACACAGAGGUUAUCAUCAAUUUGUGGGCGCUUCAUCACAGUGAGAAGGAGUGGCAUCAGCCUGACCAGUUCCUACCUGAGCGCUUCUUGGACCCAGAAAGGAAGCAUCUCAUCACACCUUCCAUGAGCUACCUUCCCUUUGGAGCUGGUUCCCGUACUUGCUUAGGUGAGAACCUGGCCCGCCAGGAGCUCUUCCUCUUCAUGGCCUGGCUGCUGCAGAGGUUCGACCUGGAGGUCCCGGAUGAUGGACAGCUUCCCUGCUUGGAAGGCAUCGCCAAGGUGGUUUUACUGAUUAAACCUUUCAAAGUGAAGAUCAAGGUUCGACAGGCCUGGAGGGAGGCCCAGGCUGACAGGAGCACCUAGAGGCCUUCCUCACACCUGUCUCUAUCCUAGGUGGCCUCACAACAUGGUCCAGAGAUGCUACACACCCUUCAAACUCUUCCCCAGUUUCCUGACCCAUUUUCCUGUAGUCCUAGCAACAAUGCACAUGAAUAUCCCAGCACACUGUUUAUUAAGCCCCUGCAGGUCUUAUGUGCCUUUCUCUCUGUGGAUGCUCUAGCUAUCUCAUCUUCUCUAGACAUCAUUUGUUUAGUCUUUUUGUUUUGUUUUGUUUUGUUCUCCCCUCUUCUAUCCUAUUCUUUUUUCUUUAGCUGUUGUUUGUGUCCCUCAUUCUAUUCUAUUGCUAAUCAGCUUGCCCAAAGUUUAUGAUCCUUUGUUUUCUUGCAGAAUAUGUUUCAGCAAUUCUUACAAGGCUCAACUAGUAGUAGCAAAUAACUUCAGUUUCUGUGUGUUUGAGAACACCUUCAUUUCUCUCUCAUAUUUGAAAGAUGAUAUUAUAGAGCAUUCGUGGCAG